UCCCCUGCGUGGAAUCCAGGAAACACAGUUUUUGGAGUGGAAACGUUUGGCCACUCUUGUUUGUGCUGUGUUAGUUCAUCUGUCUGCAUGAAUUAGUUAAGUGUGUAAUUCGUUUGGAGGACUGGUUCUUUCUGCUUUCCACAUUUUUUCCAAUGUUUUCAAAGAAUUUAAUAUUAAGAAACUUUUCCUAGAUAAAACCAGACAUGAAAAAAUUCUUCCUAAAUUAAGAUAUCAUUUUUCACCUAUCAAAUUGAAUAAUGUUUAAAAUAAUAAUUCCCUAUGUUUGUAAAGAUAUGGGAAUGCCUAAGGGAGUGUGAAUGAAUAUGGCCUUUUGGGAAGGUAGUCUGGUAAUAAGCCUUAAAUUUGGGUGUGUCCCUCUCACAGAAAAAUACUAAAAAUAAUGAAAUAUGGAAGUUACAUAGGUUCACAUAGUCUAUCAUAUAAAACAUACACCUAUGCUCUCCACUCAUCUGCUGAAUUUCCUACUUGUGCCAGUCCCUUCUCCUCGGUUCCAUAGGAGAACACACCUCACUUUGCUGCUGGCCUUUUAUCACCUUCUGCGUGAUGUUGUACUACAUCAGCCUUCACAGGGGUAGGAAAGGGAAGUUUCAUACCAUGUACAACAUAGGAUUUACCAACCCUAAAUGGAGUUUCAUAUAUGCAGCGAAGAGUUAUAAACCUUCCACUAAAUUAUUAGUCAGAGAGAAAAGUUACCCAAGAAGUUAAAACUCUAGUUUUGAUCCCUUUUCUACUCUCUAUUCUAAAAGCAGCAAUUUCUUCAGAUCUCUGCUCUGCAAAAUCCCAACAAACCUUUUGGAAACCCCAGUCCUAACAACUGGUAUUCCCCCCAGAACUUUUCACAUCUACCAAGAGUACACCUCACUAAAAUUGGAAUUAUGCAACACUUGUGGGUUCCAAUUUGUAUUUGUUGCUAUGCCCGUCUUUUCAUGCUUGAUGUUGUUGAGUGGAUAUUGUUUGUUUGUUUAUGCUGCCUUCUUUUUUUCUAAUUACUCUAACAAUUUAUCUGUGUUAUUAGUCUUAAAAAAAAUAACAGAUUUGGUGUUUUAAGUCAAAAUUUUGUGUACCAUUUUAUUAAUUUGUGCCUUCAACUUUAUUAAUUCACUCCUUUUAUCAUUUCUUGGGUGGGGUGGGAAUUUUGGAUAUCUGUGCGUAUUCAUUUUCUUCAGUCUUUCUUGUUUCCCAGUAAAUUAAGUUAGGAUUAAAUAUUUCCCUCUGAGAACUGCUUUGUAAAUUUCUACAGAUUUUAAUAUAUGAUAUUCUUAUUGUCAUUCAUAGUGAUUUAUAAUUCUUGUUAUGAUUUCUGGUGUAAUUAAGGAGUUAAAAGAAGCAUGUAAAUUUCUCAUUUUAUUGCAUUAUGGACAGAGUUCAAGGUCAUUUUUUUGUACGCUAUUUCAAGUUCAAUUUGAGGGUAUGUUCCGUAUGUUGUUUGAAAAGAUUGUAUGUUUUCUUUUGGGUAAAAGUUUACAAAUACAUGCUCAUAUGCACAUACUACACAUACAUAUAUAAUAAGUUAUAUAUAAAAAUUUGUUUUUCAAAUGUUCUAUAUCCUUAUAUUUGAUUUUAUUGCUUUACUUACUUUUUUUAACAUCUUUAUUGGAGUAUAAUUGCUUUACAAUGGUGUGUUAGUUUCUGCUUUAUAACAAAGUGAAUCAGUUAUACAUAUACAUAUGUUCCCAUAUCUCUUCCCUCUUGCGUCUCCCUCCCUCCCACCCUCCCUAUCCCACCCCUCUAGGUGGUCACAAAGCACCGAGCUGAUCUCCCUGUGCUAUGCGGCUUACUUAUUUUUUUAAUAUGUGGAAGUGAAAAUUCCAAGAGAACAAUGAAAAACUCUCUCAUUAUGAUUAUGGAUUUAUGGAUUUUUCUUUGUAGUUCUAUUAGGUUUUUAUGUAUUUCAGAGUUAUGUUGUUAGGUGCAUGAAGAUUCAUGAUUAGUAUGUCUUAUUUUAGAUUCCUCCUUUUAUCAUUUUGAAAAAUAUAUUUUUGUUCCUUACAGUGUUUUUGUCUUCUAUUCUCCCCUUUCUCUCCUUUUAAAAUGCUUACUGGACUCAUGCUGAAACAUUCUAGUCUUUGAAUUUUUCUUUAAUCCUUUCUAUAUCUUUAUCCCUUUGUGUUACAUUCUGGAAAAAUUCUAUGACCUGGUCUUCCUACUUACUAAUUUACUCUUCAGUGAUAUUCAUUCUGCUAAGUCUGUUAAGAGUUUACAUUUCUCAUUUUCUGCAUCUAUAGUUUCUACUAUUUACAGUGCUGGUUCCUUUUCACUCUUAAGAUAUCACAUUUAGUCACAUCAAAAUUUAUUUAUGAUAAUAAAUAAAUAUAUUUAUUUAUGAUAACAAUUCAAUUUAUUUAUGAUAUUUUUAUUCAUUUGGUGAGUUCUUGGGUUUGUAGAGUUUAUUAUUCCUCUAUCAUUGUGUUAACUUUCUCAAAUGUUUGGCUAUUUGUUUUAUUGAGAUCUCCCAUUGAGUCAUCUAUCAUAUCAAUAUGACUAGGCAGCAUUGGAGGGGGAAGAAAUUAUUGCCAUACCUUAUGUUCUGCACUGCAUACAGUAAAAAUAGGGGAAUGUGUAGAUUGUCAUUUGGUGGUCAAAUCUCUCUGGUACUAUCAGCCUCCUGGAGCACUGUCCUGUAUAUCUCUCUAUCUUGUGUUCCUAUACUCACCACUGCUUCCUGAAGGCAGACAUCACUACUGCUGCUCCUUCCUUUGCAGGUAUGUGUGUGGAAUGUCCAGAGCUGCUAUACCUUCUUCACUUAAACUAAUCACUCUGCCUAUUGUCCGUUGGCCCUUUCUUAUUCCUGUUACUGCUCCAGGCAUAAACUCACUUGGUGAUGCUUCUAUCCUAUUUGGCACUUUCCAUCUUCAACCUCACUUCACCUAAUUUCCAGCCUACAGGGAUUCUUCAUGUAAUUUCUGGUCACUGGGAUUUUGCUUUCUUAUUUUUCUCCUCUGCUACUCUUAAAGACUGAACAAAUAUUUGAACUUAUAUUUCUCUAGCAACAUCAGGAAGUGGAGACCCAAGAUGUAAGAGAGUUGCUGAACACACCUGCUUCUUUAAGAUGCUCUCUGCAAAAUCCCCAGGAAGUUUUGAUUGUGACAUGGCAAAAAAUCAAGGCUGUAAGCCCAGAAAACAUGAUCACCUUUAGCCCGAACCAUGGGGUUGUAGUCCAGCCUGCCUAUAAGGACAAGAUAAACAUCACCCAGCUGGGACUCAUGAACUCAACCAUUACCUUCUGGAAUACCACCUUGGAAGAUGAAGGGUGUUACAAGUGCCUCUUCAAUACCUUUGGUUCUGGGAAGAUCUCAGGAAUAGCCUGCCUCACUCUCUUUGUACAGCCCACAGUAUUCCUUCACUAUAAACUAUCUGAAGACCACCUAAAUAUCACUUGCUCUGCCAAUGCUCGCCCAGCCCCUAUGAUCUCCUGGAAGGUCUCUGGGUCAGAGAUUGAGAACAGUACUGAGAUUCUCUCACACCCCAAUGGGACAACGUCUGUCACCAGCAUCCUCCAGAUCAAAGACCCCAAGAGUCAGGUGGGGAAGGAGGUGAUCUGCCAGGUACUGCACCUGGGGACUGUGACCGACUACAGGGAAACUGUGAACAAAGGCUUUUGGUUUUCAGUUCCACUACUGUUAAGUAUUGUUUCCUUGGUAAUUCUUCUGGUCUUAAUUUCAAUCCUACUAUACUGGAAACAUCGUCGGAACCAAGACCGAGAGCCAUAGAGGAGUCACACAGAACCCUGAAAGUUAUUCCCUGGUCUACUUGAAUCUGACUCAGGAGGCAAGCAGGAGGAAGAGGGUCAUUCUUCAAGGAACCUAAAAGAGCAAAAGAAAUUGGAGUCAAAGGCGUAAGAAUUUCAAGACUUUCUACUGCCAUCUAGGCUACCCAAUGCUUCUGUGAGUUCCAAGAGGAAGUCAUUUUACCUCUCAGGUCUGUUGUAGGACUUGAUUUUGUAAAACAAUGCCAUGUUGUGCUGUUGAAAGGGUACUGGACUUAGAAUCAGGAGCCACUGCUCAGAGACUGACUUUGACUCCGACUGGUGGCAACUCCAUGUUAAUCACUAUCUCAAUGAGCUUCCACGUUUGCAUACAGAAAAUUAAGGAUUUGGACCAAAUAAUUUGCCAUUCUGCUCCAAAAAUGGCUGUAAUUCCAGGAAAAAAAAAAAGGAAUAAACAAAGAGAAAAGAAAUGAAAAAGAGAGAGAAGAAUACAGGAAGGUAGGGACCAAAGAACUUUUCUGAGACUACCUUUUGCCUUUCUGUGGCUAUUCCACCUCUUCUUCCCUUCUUCUUUGGCCCGUUAAGUCUAUUUCCUCAUCACUUGGUAUCUAGUCCACCACCUGCUUACUGUUUUGCUAAUAACUGGUCUUUCUAGAACCCUCAGUUUCACUGCUAUUCUUCAUGUACUUCUGUGAUAUUAACCACAGUGGAAGCGGAACUGAAUUUAUUGUGAAGUAACGUUGGCAACCUUAACUUUACUUAUCUGUUUUUAUAGCAGACUAAAUAUUAUUAGUCUCAGCAGCUCAUAUUUUUAAAAAGGCAUGCAUUUCUCAUCCAUUUGUUUCAUAAUAUAACCCAGCCCUAUUUUAGUCAUUCUAAAUUCAGCCUAGUAUAAUGAAGACAUAUUUAGAAAAUACGGCAUUUAGAAAGUUCCCUGAAUAGCAGUCAGCUAAUUCAAAUGCUUUGUCUCUCCCAGCUUCUUUUCUCAUGAGUUAACUUCUCACAAUAGCAGAGGAAGCAUGUAUGGGUGUACAAAUCCCUUUGUUGUAAACAUAUGGUUCUAACUAGUGGAACAAUUUUGAACUCUUAAAUAAUCAUACGACCAAGUCGGUGACUUUUUCAGUAUCUUUUGCCUUCUUGUCUCUAUCCAGUGACCUAGGAACUAAAAACUAAAACUUAAGUUGUUUUCACUGUUGAAUUGAAUAUUUAUAUAUUUAGUAAGGUUUUCGUAUGUUAUUUAAUUCUGUAUUAUUUCGUAUAUUUGUAUUAAUAUACUGAAUAAUUAAAAGUGUCAACUCUAAA